AUGCAAGUCAAUCAACCGGCCGGCACCCGAAAUGGAAUCUUGAAAGACCUGCGGGCUGUGGCGAGCCUUACCUUCUUAUUGGGUCUCACCUGGUCUGUGGCUUUUCUCGCUUGGGGUCCUGUUAAAGUGUUCCUCCUCUACCUGUUCUCCAUACUGAACAGUCUUCAAGGUUUCUUUAUUUUUGUGUUCCAUUGUCUCAUGAAGGAAAACGUACGCAAGCAAUGGAGAAUACAUUUAUGUUGUGGAGCUUUCAAGCUGCAGGAAUACUCUGAAUGGAGCCAAACUGCAACUGUGGUUCCCAAACACAAACCCAAUCCACCAAAUAUGUUUCCUUUCAUGGCAUCUGUGAGAUCCAUCAAGUCUAAUUCAACUCAGAGCUCAACGGUUUCCUUAGAGUCCAGUCAACAUCAAAUGACUAUCACAAGACCCGACCUUGGAUUUGUAUAUGAAAACAGUUUGGUAAUACCAAGAGCCAGAACAGGAUAGAUGGUUCUUCCAUAUGAUACAUCUCCUGCCACAGCAAGUGGGCUUGAGUUUCCUUCAAGGCCAUGGAAGAAUGGAUUUGACACAGAUAUCUACCCAACAUAACUUGACUGUUUUUGUUUGUUGCUCUGUACUGAA